GUUCAGACACCAUGUGGUUCGUAUAUAUAGAGAAUGUUCAGACUGCAGACCGUUGAGGUGAGAAGGAGAACUGGCUGAAAACAGGAAUCAUUUCAGGACUUUUAAACUUUCAAAGGUUUGAUAUUGAAGAAUGGGAGAUUCCCUCAUCAACACAACCUCAUUGAAAGAAAACCUCAAUCUGACCAAUUUCAACUACAAUGAUGCAUCUAACAGUUUUUAUGAAGAGAACAAAGUAUAUUUUAAAAUCUUAUCCUGGGGAAAUUUGAUCACCAUUUGUGUCGGACUUCCUUUGACUCUGGUGGCCAUGUUUGCUGUUUUAUCAAAGGUGAAAAAGGAUGAUUGCGCUCCAGUUUUCAUUUUCAACCUUCUGAUUUCUGAUCUUAUCCAGCACUGCAGCAGAAUUACUAUGAUAGAACAUUUUCCCACUUUUCUCUCUGGGUUUGCUUUUGAAUUUGGAAUUACAGCCAGUAUUGGAUUCAUGAUGUGUAUCUCCCUGGAAAGGUAUCUGGUCAUUGCCAAGCCGCUGUGGUACAGAUUAAGAAGAAACAUCAAGACAUCAGUGUUGGUCUGUGUAGCAGUCUGGAUAUUUACGUUUCUUAAUAAUCUUAGCAUGUGUCUCCUUUUAGAAUUAGAGAUGAGAUUAAAAAUUCAGGCUGUUAGUAUCCUCCCCCCUCUUCUCUUUUUCAUCUUCUGCCUGGUUGGGACCAUUAAAGCUCUGACUAAAGCUCGCAGUGUCUCUGCUGAUGAUAAACGUCGAAUUGUUUCAAUUCUGGUUGUGGUUUUGCUAACAUAUAUUCUGCUUUUCAGCCCUUACAUGAUGUAUUUUCUGUUGGAAAAACCCUGGGAAAAUUUUGCCAACUAUACUGCUGUUACAAUUGGUAUUUAUCUUAGUUCUCUUGCAGACUCAGCUAUGUGUGUUUUUCUGAGGAAAAGUGCAGUUGACAGACUUUUGACCUCAUUGUGUUGCUGUGUAACGUCUAAGAAUCAGGAGAUCAGCAGCACUGAUAAUGACAACGUGUCAUCUCAACGUACUGCAGCAGUUUAGGUUCAACUGAUGCACAAAUAUUUUCACAUCUUACUUUCUUAAGGAAUUCUUAUGGAUUAUUUGCAAGAGAAAAUACUUUCAGAUGAUAUAUUUUGAAUUUUUCAUGAUCAUUUGAAAACCAAAACCCAACCACUGAAGAAAUGACAACCUGCUUGAUUCUCUGAUUUGUCAAUUUAACCAGGUACAACACUUAGAAAGUGUCAAAGAGUUUCCCAUGAAAAAGUUUCUUUCAGCAGAAAAUGCUGAAAACAGUAAAACUUUAUUUAUUCAGCUGUGGAUUAAACCAAUUUAGCUUUUCUGCUAUGUAAAUGAUUCUGAAGCGCAUACAGUGUUUCUGAUAGUAACAAAGCAAACAUUUAAUUUAGCAGGGAUUUAACUGAAAUGUUUAUUAUAUAUAACAGAAAUAUUCAAUUGGACUAGAGAUUUCUUUACAUAAAAACACCAUAAAGCCUCCAAAUCUCCCAGGAGGUGGAUGGCUUGAAGUUGUAGGAUUUUAAUAAUGCAAACCGUUCCAUUUUGUGUUUUGUAAAUAUUAAUGUUAAUAUGCUAAUAUUUUUCAUCAUCUAAAGUGUUAACAAGGUGAUUUAUUUAUUUAAACUGAAACAUACCAUCUCUUGUGAUGAAGCAAAACUGCUGCUUAGAUUGUGAGAAAUCUGCAGAAACAGGAAAUAUCUCAUGUUUGACAUGAAAUAAAAAAUCAGACACAUUUUAUUACAGCUUGUAUUUCGUGGCUACAGGAACUUUAGGUCAAAACCUUUUUUAAUUAGUUUUAGACUGUUCACUCUCUGAACAUUGUAUAACCAUGUACACAUGAAGAUUAUUUUGGUCUGUCACAUUUUUAUUUGGACUUUAUGAGGCAAAGAAUGAUGAGCUGAAAAAUGUAACUUUCUUGCUAUGAAAAUAUUUGUAAGUUAGAAUGAAUGUUGAUUGUUGGGUAGGAGUUUGUGAUGAUAAGAAAUUUGCUUGACAACAUUGCAUAGGUUUGAUUUUAUCUCAAAUAUUCAUCUUUUUGUCUCUUGAUCUGAAAGAACAACUUUAUAUUCAGAAUAAAAUUUCUUUAACAAUA